AUGUUUCGAUUAGUUGGAAAGCUAGUAUUUGAUUUGGUCAGCACCAUUGGAGGUUCAAAAGAAACAAAGGAAGAACAAAUAAAACGAUUAGAAGCACAAUUGGAAGAUGACAAGCAGGAAGAAGAAACCGAGAAGAAAAGUUUGGAAAUUGUCCAAAAGAAGGAGCCAACAAAUUGCUUUCAGCUAACAGGAACUAUCACCAAGAUUGAAGCCAACUACAUUAUCAUAGAUGACAACUUGUAUGUAGACAAAAAAGUAUUGGAGACAUGCCCAUUUCAACACCAGCUGGAACCGGGCGUCCGAGUUUCAUAUCUGGGCUACCGAGCGACCGAUGACGAACCGACCAAAGUAAUCAAACUUGAUUCUCUACUUGGUGAGGUUUGGGGAAAUAACAAGGAUAUACUACAAACGCAGGAAGAAGAACAAGUUGAAGUGCACGAAAUAGAUGCUACAUAUUUCAACUACAACCAGCGCAGUGAACAAGGAACGGUAUCUGCAAAGCGUCUAGGAUUGUUAACUGUUGAAAUCGACCAGGGAACGCACUCGAUCGACAUGGAUAACUUAACUAUGACAUUCAUUCCGGAGGUUGGCGAUUUCGUUGUUCUGGACUGCAUGGUGCAAAUCGAUGAAAGCUACUUCGACACCCGUGGAAACAUUCUCGAAGUGCGUGGAAUUACACCUUCCCGGCUAGUUCAAGGAACCGGAUACGUGAUGAAAGCUGAUAAUGAAGGAGGGGAAAUUAGAACUGAAGAUGGUACUUACACCUACCUUGCUGAUAUUUGUGAAUCAGGGCAAUUACCGAAUCAAGGUGAUAAAGUUGUAUUCGAAGCAGUAGAAAAUAUUGCGCUAAACUACCGUUGCACAAAGAUUCUGAUCGAAGCUGCUGCGGUUCGGCCUGCUGAAACGAAUAAAGAAGAAACCAAAUCCAAAUUCGACGAUGAAUUCUUUCUCGACAAGCGAGGCAUCAAAAUUACUGAUGAUAUUGUUGUUAAGCUGAAGGAGCUUCAUGAAACCCAGAAGAUUGAUGUUCUUAUAAGUAACGAAAGUGACCGACCUCAUCGUAUCAACCGUUCUUCGUUUAUGUCAAACAAGCAAACUUCCCAGAUGCGCUUAUUGAGCCCAAAAGUGGUUGAUAUUAUUGCGCUUAAACCGGGCGAUACGACUAAGUACUUGUUUGAAAUCACCGGUAACAAUUAUGGAGUAAGCAAAGAAGUUUUCAUGUGGUCUUUCGCAGGCUUCAAAAUUGCUAGGUAUUUCACCAUAAUUGUAGGUGAUGCCGAUAGUAUUCAGGUUCAAAAAGCCAAUGAAGGUACCACUGCUGCACGCACUGCUGCUGGUGGACAUAGACUUGCAGCAUGGAACAUAUACAAACGCGGUGGUGAAGUAACGCCUGGUCAAAAAAUUAGUAAACGUGCCAACUUUAUCGAUAUUAAAAUAGGUGGCUAUCACGUUCCUGAUGACCUCAAGCAAAUUCUUCUGAAUCCUGCCUCGAACCGAAAUCAAAUUGACGAAGAACUGGAUAGAACACAACGUUGCCUACAGCGGCCACUGUGCGUCGAUACCUAUCGCGCAUUAUUUAAAACAUUCCUGUGGAUGGAGGAUGUGCAGUGCGAGAUUUCCAUUACCAGAUUCAAUAUGGACCGCGCACAUUUCACUCGUGAAGAUAGCUAUCUGGCCUUGAGAAUCGAGAACGUUGGCGAAGCGAGACCAUCACUGAUUCCGGGAGAUAGAUUAAUUGCAACAACUCCCUGGAUCAGCCAAAAUGAGGUAGGCAACGGAGCAUUCAUCCACAAAGUAAUGAAACACAAGGUCCUGGUAAAGUUCAGCGAACAUUUCCACGAAAAAUACAAUGGAGAAGAUUACAAGUUAAUCUUCCAGCCCACGAGAGGUGCGUUCCAGAAACAACAUCAUGCCAUAAUGUGCGUUACAAGUGCAUUGGGAACCGACUAUCUAUUUCCCACAAAAACUAAUAUUCGUGAACCAUGGAUCGAUUUGAAACUCAAUGAGAAAGGCAAUUUAGCGACCACGGAAUUCAACAACGAAUUUGAGUGGUUUAAUCCAUUAUUGAAUGAAAUUCAGAAAGAUGCUAUAAAAAAUAUCCUGCGAGCCGAAGCGCGACCACUGCCGUAUGUUAUAUUUGGUCCGCCAGGAACAGGUAAAACAAUGACCAUUAUAGAAUUAAUCCACCAAAUCGUAAAAUUGUCAGCCGACAGCCGAAUCAUGGUAGGAACACCUUCGAAUAGCUCAGCCAAUUUGAUCACCGAACGAUUAAUAGAAAGUAAAGUGCUGCGUCCAGGUGAAUUUAUUCGGAUUGUUGGGCUAAACUAUGUGGAGCAGGAGUUGGUUCCCGAACAUCUGGCACCAUAUUGCGGAACAGUUGAUAUUGCUUCUGAGCGAACGGUUAAGGAUGAAGUUAUCAUUACAGAAUCUGGGCUAAAACACAAGCUACAACUGAAACACUUGGGACGCCAUCGGAUAACUAUCGGUACAUGUGUUACUCUUGGUACAAUGAUGCAAAUUCGUUUCCCAAGGAAUCACUUCACGCACGUUAUCAUAGAUGAAGCAGGACAGUGCCUGGAGACAGAAACGCUGAUUCCGAUGACAUUCAUUAAUAAGUCUUGUGGCACGGUUGUUUUAGCGGGUGAUCCAAUGCAGCUUGGUCCAGUGGUUAUGAGUCCUCAUGCCGCAGAUCGUGGCUUCAAUACAUCUUUAUUAGUUCGCUUAAUGGAAACUCCACUUUAUAAAUCAGACAAAAUUCGAUUUCCCGACACUGGCGGAUUCAAUCCUAGGCUGGUGACUAAACUACGGUAUAAUUACAGAUCAGUACCCUGUAUCUUAGAUCUCUAUAGCGAACUGUUCUAUGAAUCUUCGCUUGUAUCAUGUAUCGCUGCCGAAGGCAGCAUCGAAGCACAGUUCCUUGAAACAAUCUACGACAUUCUACCAGUCAAAUCUACUCAACGUCCUCAUUACGGAUUUGUGUUCUGGGGCGUCAAUGGUGUGAACAAACAAACUCCGGAAAGUCCCUCUUGGUUCAAUCCGGCGGAAGCUAAAAGCGUUUUUAAUUUUCUUCUCAAACUGUACAAAAAGGGUGUUCGACCGGAAGACAUUGGUGUCAUAACACCCUACCAACAACAAGUAAAAACAAUUCGCCGCAUUUUAGAUGAAAGCAACCUUCAGCGGCCGAAGAUCGGAAGUGUUGAAGAAUUCCAGGGACAGGAACGAAUGGUUAUCCUCAUCUCAACGGUUCGAACUUCAAAGUCGCAAUUGCUGAGCGACCAACAACACGCUCUAGGGUUUGUUGCUAGUCCAAAGCGACUAAACGUGGCUAUUUCUCGUGCCAAGGCGUUACUUGUAAUUUUUGGCAGUCCACAUUUGCUCUCGGCUGAUAAACAAUGGCUUAAGUUGCUACAUAAGGCGAUUAAUAACGACACUUAUUGCGGGUGUGAACUUCCAGACCACAUCGUUCCAACAAUCGGCACAAACGGGCACCAUAUUGAUGAAUCAUAGUUUUUUUAUUCAAAUAAAACGGAAAAUAUCUACAUGUAUUGAUUUUUAUUUUAAAAAUAUAUGCAUUAAUUGAU